CUUCGGCUGGUGUGGACCGCUUCGGGGCUUCGCAGCCGCGUUCUUUUCCUCCGCCGCCGCCGCCGCGGUUUUUUUUUUUUUUUUUUCCUUCUGCCAGGCUCGUUUCGGAGUCUUCAGGCUAUCAAUAUGACAGCUGAAGAAACAGUGAAUGUAAAAGAAGUUGAAAUCAUUAAGCUGAUUCUGGACUUCUUGAAUUCAAAGAAGCUUCACAUUAGUAUGUUGGCCCUUGAGAAGGAAAGUGGAGUCAUAAAUGGCCUAUUUUCAGAUGAUAUGCUUUUCCUGAGGCAGCUAAUCCUUGACGGCCAGUGGGAUGAAGUUCUUCAGUUCAUUCAGCCUCUGGAAUGUAUGGAAAAAUUUGACAAAAAACGGUUUCGUUAUAUUAUCCUGAAGCAGAAGUUUCUAGAAGCUUUGUGUGUUAACAAUGCAAUGUCUGCAGAAGAUGAGCCCCAGCAUGUAAGAUUUUUAUUCCUGAAGCUGGAGUUUACCAUGCAGGAAGCUGUGCAGUGUUUGCAUGCUCUAGAAGAGUAUUGCCCUUCUAAAGACGACUAUAGCAAGCUCUGUUUGCUCUUGACUUUGCCUCGUCUGACCAAUCAUGCUGAAUUUAAGGACUGGAAUCCCAGCACUGCACGUGUUCACUGCUUUGAAGAAGUGUGUGUCAUGGUUGCAGAAUUCAUCCCUGCUGACAGGAAGCUAAGUGAGGCUGGUUUUAAAGCAGGCAACAACCGUUUGUUUCAGCUUGUAAUGAAGGGCCUGCUUUACGAAUGUUGUGUGGAGUUUUGUCAGAGUAAAGCAACUGGAGAAGAAAUUACAGAAAGUGAAGUCCUUCUUGGCAUUGACCUCUUGUGUGGUAAUGGAUGUGAUGAUUUGGAUCUCAGUUUAUUGUCUUGGCUUCAGAACCUCCCUUCUUCUGUCUUCUCUUGUGCAUUUGAACAGAAAAUGCUCAAUAUUCAUGUUGACAAACUUCUGAAACCUACAAAAGCUGCAUAUGCUGAUCUUUUAACUCCUCUGAUCAGCAAACUUUCUCCCUACCCAUCAUCACCAAUGAGAAGACCUCAAUCAGCUGAUGCCUAUAUGACUCGCUCUCUGAAUCCUGCCUUAGAUGGCCUCACAUGUGGACUCACCAGUCAUGAUAAGAGAAUCUCAGACAUUGCUAACAAGACUUCUCCAAUGUCACAUUCAUUUGCUAACUUUCAUUACCCAGGAAUACAAAACCUUAGCAGAAGUCUUAUGCUUGAGAAUACAGACUGUCAUAGUAUUUAUGAAGAAUCUCCUGAGCGAAGUGAUACACCUGUUGAGGCGCAGCGGCCUAUCAGCAGUGAAACUGGGGGCCAGAGUUCAGCUUCUGAAAAAGAGCCUGCAAAUGGAGCACAGAAUCCAGGACUUGCUAAGCAAGAAAAAAAUGAGCUUCGCGACUCCACUGAACAAUUUCAAGAAUAUUACAGGCAGAGAUUACGCUAUCAGCAGCAUUUGGAACAGAAGGAGCAGCAACGCCAGAUCUACCAGCAGAUGCUGCUGGAAGGAGGUGUAAACCAGGAGGAUGGUCCUGAGCAGCAGCAGAAUCUUACUGAACAGUUCCUUAAUAGAUCCAUUCAGAAGCUUGGUGAGCUGAAUAUUGGGAUGGAUAGUCUUGGGAACGAGGUGCCAGUGCUCAACCAGCAGUGCGGCGGGAACAAAGGCACCGGCUCCGAUAGUUCUUCAGUGACUAGCUUUGCAACACCACCCCAAGACUCUGGUCAGAGAUUAACACAUGAUGCUUCAGAUAUUCACACAAGCACCCCUCGAAAUCCUGGACCAACAAAUCACAUACCGUUUCUUGAGGAAUCACCUCCUAGUGGAAACCAAAUGUCAUCAGAACAUUCUGUUAUUAAGCCAUCUGUUGGAGAUUCUACAGGGAAUCUAUCAAGGACAAAAGGAGAAGAGGAGGAAAAAUCAAAGCAGCAGUUUGUUUGUAUUAACACCCUAGAAGACACACAGGCUGUUAGAGCAGUGGCUUUUCAUCCGAGUGGUAGUUUAUAUGCUGUCGGCUCAAAUUCAAAGACUUUGAGAGUGUGUGCCUAUCCAGAAGUGAUUGACCCAAGUGUUCAUGAUCCUCCUAAGCAGCCAGUGGUACGUUUUAAAAGGAAUAAACAUCAUAAAGGAUCCAUCUACUGUGUGGCCUGGAGUCCCUGUGGACAGUUACUAGCAACAGGAUCAAAUGACAAAUACGUAAAAGUGCUGCCGUUCAAUGCAGAGACUUGUAAUGCAACAGUUUCAGGACCAGAUCUGGAAUUUAGUAUGCAUGAUGGGACAAUUAGAGAUCUGGCAUUUAUGGAAGGCCCAGAAAGCGGUGGAGCUAUUUUAAUAAGCGCUGGAGCAGGGGAUUGUAAUAUUUAUACAACAGAUUGUCAAAGAGGACAGGGCCUUCAUGCUUUGAGCGGACAUACUGGGCAUAUUUUGGCACUUUAUACCUGGAGUGGCUGGAUGAUUGCAUCUGGUUCCCAAGAUAAGACAGUUAGAUUCUGGGAUCUUCGAGUACCAAGCUGUGUCCGUGUUGUUGGUACAACAUUCCAUGGAACUGGGAGUGCAGUGGCAUCUGUAGCAGUAGAUCCCAGUGGGCGCCUUUUAGCCACGGGCCAAGAAGAUUCUAGCUGCAUGCUGUAUGACAUAAGAGGAGGAAGAAUGGUGCAGAGUUACCACCCUCACUCCAGUGAUGUUCGCUCUGUUCGAUUCUCCCCCGGGGCUCACUACUUGCUGACAGGCUCUUAUGAUAUGAAAAUAAAGGUGACAGACCUACAAGGAGAUCUCACCAAGCAGCUUCCUAUCAUGGCGGUGGGGGAGCACAAGGACAAAGUGAUUCAGUGCAGAUGGCACACCCAGGAUCUUUCCUUCCUGUCAUCCUCCGCAGACAGAACUGUGACACUCUGGACUUACAAUGGCUAGAGCAUGCCCUGCGGUAGCCUGUCAUUGAAAGCACAGGGACUUGAGACUACUGAAUUAAGACAACUACCAGAAAGGGUUAGCGCGGAGGCCCUUGUUGCCGAGGUGUCGGGUGUGAUCUGCAGUGCUCCAGUCUUCCGUGUCCGUUCGUGCUGCUGUGUAGUCUCCUUGCCAAAGCCUGCAGCAGGGCUCUUAAGUUGUGGGUGUGCAUGCCAUGCCCAGGUGGAUGAUGUGUUUACAGUUUAUUAUUAAAUGCAUUCCUCAGUUUUUGCUCAAAUAACAGUUUUAUAUACACAUUGACACUAAACUGUAAGUAUAUUAUUACAAGUAAUACAACCAACUUCUCGCCAGAUCAAACGUGUGUUCAAAAACAACUUGGCUUUUGUCACAGUCCUACAUUGGAUCACUCUUCUUCUAGAGUCAUACUUUGAUGUUUCAGAAUUGACCUAAUGUGUUCACUUCCAGAUCAUUAAGGAGUUUAAAGAUGAGCAGGAGAUUGCUGCUGGGUUUGUCAUGCCGUACAGCGUUCUCUUUGUCCUUGACCCAGAGGUGUGGUUAUUAUUUUACCAUGUUAUUUCCUUUUAGGCUAAAAGGUUCCUAUCUUUGCUUGUUAAUUUCAGUGUUUUGAGUCCACAAGAUCCAUCUCUUCUGAACUGUGCGCUAGAAGCAGAGCAGCAGACAUGAUGUGACACACUGCUUGGUACUGGCUAGCAGUUUCCUCCUGAAAUAAAAACUUUGCCAUGACUAUAGCAUGGCUUGAAAUGCUAUGUCUGCAUGAUAAGUUAAAAUGGAAAAUUUAAACUUUGCACUCCAAAAGCUUAUUUGGAUUUUUUUCUUGCACUAUUUUGUGUAAUGGAGAAUAAUGAUUUUAUUUCUACAGUACUGUAGACCCUAACAUUUUAUGUAUCUUUAUUUUCAUAUGAUUCAGUACCUUUACUUUAAAUUAUUAAAUAGGCUAUUUUAUUUAUUUAAACUGCAGUUGUCUUGGUUCUAAUUAUUGAACUGUCUGUGCAUUUUAAAUCUAUGGUACACAGUGGAAAGGGUAAUAGAAGUGUAACUAUGCUUUUAUUUCAAUAAAAACCUCUUGACACCUAAA